AUGCAGACCGAGAUCGUCGACACGGUAGCUGAGGCUGAGCGGCUGGACGCGCCUGCCGCACAGACCGCAGCAGCGGCGCAAGCGGAGGGAGGAGAAGAAGGAGAUGAGGAUGAAGAUCAGAUUGAUCUCGCCCAUAUCCAAAGCUUCGCCGAAAAGGUCCAGCACCGCCCAGGACAUAUCCGACCCCAGAUCACUAUACCCAAGCGGGGCGAGAAGGACUUUGAACCGCUGGAGGAGACGGUCAACCUGCAGGAGAUGAUGCUUCAGCGGAGUCGCGAGGCCCUGUUCGGUGCUUUGCAGGGUGUGAGAGGAGGGAGCAGUAAAUCCAUGUCGCAUGCGCUCUACUCGCCGCAAUCCCCCUACCCAUACCUCCUCAUCACCCACGGUCGCCUCCUCGACUCCAUGGGCAUCUCCAUACGCCCCAUCAUCUCCACUGCCGACGGUGGUAAGGGUAAAGGCAAAGCACGUACCGAGCUCUUGCCGGAAGAAGCGCUAUUUCUGCUCGAGCGGGGAGCACUGCAAAUCUGGCUAGGUAACGAAGGGGCGGAAGAGGGAGAAGGAACGGAGGGGACGUGGAGCGAGGAGGAGUGCGGGGUGAUAGGUGCGGUGGAGAUGAGCGUGAGCGAAGGCUUUGCGGCGUUUCUGGGGAAGGAUGGGCUCACCUGGGAGCGGUAUCAGGCGUACGCGUAUCUCAAGCGACUGGGGUAUACUGUCCAGCGGACACCACGGUUCCUGCCUGAACAUUUCAAGAGCGUGCCGUUCGCAAGCGCACAAGAGUCAACGCUACCGCCCUUCCGGACGUGGUGGGCUAGCGUACCGACCUUCUUAUCUCGCUUGAUACAAUUCAUCACCUCGGCCGCUGCGCGAGCUUGGAGGAGAAUACGGUUCAACCCUAAUCUCACACAUUUAUCAUCCUGGACUGGAAUAGAUUAUCCCUCUUUGUUCCGACACCUCCGCCUCGUCCCCUCAUCUCACGCCCACCCCCUCCCUUCCCGCUCAGCCUCCCCCAACCCCUAUCUCCCUUUCUACCACAUCUGGAAGCCCGCCGUUCCCUGGUCCAAGGCCAAGUGGGAGCGCGGCUCCCCCGCUGGUCUCUUGCGCCAACCCCCAGACUUCCAGGCGGCAGCCAUCAAUGCCCGGACGACCCCCUUACCGUCCAUCCAGCAGCUACACGAGAUCUUUGAGGAAUCGCCCGAGGAGCACCGCGGCCCAGUACAGCGACUAGGACCGCAGUACCGCCAGGUAGGCAAUCCGGGGCGGACGAACCCGAUUGCCGAGUUGAGAAAUGGGGAUCGGGCGUUCAUUGUGGCUGUGAACGAUUCGGGCAACUCGGGGUGGGUAAGGUUUGGCCGGACAGGGUUUGCGGGAUUGGCCAUGGUGUAG